AGUACUCCUUAAGCCCUAACAACCACCUUGAAGAUGGAAGUAUGAAUAUGGAAACUUUUCUACGGGGCUUUGAAGAAAAGGGGAUAAAGAACGAGAGGCCUGAAGACCAGUUAAGUAAAGAGAAAAAGAAAAUUCUGUUCUCUUUUUGCGAAGUGUGCAACAUCCAACUGAACUCUGCAGCACAGGCCCAGGUCCAUUACAAUGGCAAAUCCCACCGCAAAAGAGUCAAGCAGCUGAGCGAUGGGCAACCCCUGCCCGCAGCCCAGGGCUCGGGGCCACUGCUGGCCAGCCCCGGCAGCAAUACCAGCACAGAUAAUAAUGGCUGGAGCCAAGUCCCCUUAGCCCCGUGCAUCACCCUGGUCACAGCCUGGAAGUUUUGUUUACCCAACUUGGUUGCUCGUGAAGCUGAACGCCCUGCCAGGAUGUGGAGUGGACUUCCUAGCAGAGGCAGUACAUGUCAUACUACUACCCUUCCUGCUCUUGUACGCACGCCUACCCUGAUGAUGCAGCCUUCACUGGAUAUCAAACCAUUUAUGUCUUUUCCAGUGGACAGUAGUUCUGCUGUUGGGCUCUUUCCAAAUUUUAACACAAUGGAUCCUGUGCAAAAAGCAGUCAUUAAUCACACAUUUGGAGUAUCCAUUCCUCCAAAGAAGAAACAAGUUAUUUCUUGUAAUGUCUGUCAGCUUCGCUUCAACUCGGAUAGCCAGGCCGAGGCCCACUACAAAGGAAGUAAACAUGCCAAGAAGGUCAAAGCACUAGAGGCAACGAAAAAUAAACCCAAAAUGGUUUCUUCCAAGGACAGCGCAAAGGCUAAUCCCAGCUGCUCCAUCACUCCAAUCACAGGCAACAGCUCUGACAAAUCAGAAGAUAAAGGGAAAUUAAAAGCCAACAGUCCCAGUCAGCCAGCAGGCUCCGAAGGUGGCUCGUUGCUCCUCAAACCUGGCACAGCUGCCCUGCCACCUGCAGCAGCCACUUCACCCUCCAAGAGUACAAAUGGAGCUCCUGGGGCCAUUGCUGAAUCAGAAGAAGAAAAAGCCAAAAAAUUGCUUUAUUGUUCACUAUGCAAAGUGGCUGUGAACUCCCUGUCACAGCUAGAGGCACACAAUACAGGGUCUAAACACAAGACCAUGGUUGAGGCUCGCAAUGGAGCUGGUCCAAUUAAGUCCUACCCUAGACCAGGAUCGAGAUUAAAGACGCAGAAUGGCAGUAAGGGGUCAGGACUCCAGAACAAGACGUUUCAUUGUGAAAUCUGUGAUGUUCACGUUAAUUCCGAAAUUCAACUCAAACAGCACAUUUCUAGCCGAAGGCAUAAAGACCGAGUUGCAGGGAAACCCCUGAAGCCGAAAUACAGCCCAUACAACAAACUCCAGCGGAGCCCCAGCAUUCUAGCAGCAAAACUUGCAUUCCAGAAAGAUAUGAUGAAGCCUUUGGCCCCGGCUUUCCUGUCCUCACCCCUGGCAGCUGCGGCCGCCGUGUCCUCUGCGCUGUCACUGCCACCCCGGCCGUCUGCGUCGCUGUUCCAGGCUCCAGCCAUCCCCCCAGCUCUCCUGAGGCCGGGGCACGGGCCCAUCCGCGCCACCCCCGCCUCCAUCCUCUUCGCCCCUUACUGACUUCUGCAAACCCCAAGACAAUCCAGGCCAGUAGGAACGCUGAGAAGAAAAACGUAAAGGAUUGCAGCAGUGUGAGCAUUUCGGGUUGCAGUAAGUACCCCACACGCACCCACAAAAUGCAGCCUGCCUUCCUGAACCCCAACUCCAAAGAAAAACCAAUCGCUAGAUUCCAGAGUGCUUUAAUGGACCGCUCCUGUCAUUUAGGAAUGUGAGCAGUAGGCUUUACCUCCUGGUUCCCCUCUCGCCUACCCCACUCAAUUGGUCAGAAAAAAAAUCAAUCUCUAUUUUCCCAUGGAUGUGAUCUGGCUUAGAAAAUACGGAAUAUUUUCCUGACAGACUUGAAAACUGGGAUCUUCCUCAGAUGUCUGUAAAUAACUCUGGAAUCCAACCGGGCAUAUUCUAGUGUGGAACAAUAUAGAACACAAGUGCUUACUUGUGGAAACCAUUUACCAAUGGAUCACGACGUUUUCUUUUUGGUGUACUGUUGUUGACAGGGAUUGUGUACUGUUUUAGACCCAAGUAUUGUUGUAUCCUGUGUAGUACUAGAUCGUAUCUCUCGUCGGAAGUCAGCAUUUUUAGUUGCUGUGUAAAUGUUAGGAAGCAAAGUAGCUUUGAAUUUUCUCUUUACGAGAACAAAAGAUAAUGUAUUUUCUUUAUUUCGCAUUUUAUUUGGAGAUAUUUAAACAAAAUAGAAAGCCAUAUACCAUAGCUAUAAUUACUACCUUUUCGCUACUUUUGUUUAACUUAUUUUGUAGCCUAUUCACCAGUUUGAGUUGCUAAGCAAAUACAAACACAAAAAGAGCGUCCUCAGUCACACAUUUUCGCACCUCCUGUGCAUUCUGCAAGAACACAAUGAAUCCCUGUGUUUCUACAUCAUUAUUUCCAUUUUAACCUGUUUUUAUUUGUAAUGACGCUACAUGAUUUUGUGGCUCCCUAAUGCAAUAAUGUACAGAAGAUAUAAAAUUUAUAAUUGAACCAUUUGUCUUUCUGUUUGCGGACAGUAUCGCAGGUCAUGCUCCCCUGCCCCCCUUUUUAGGCUGAUGUCAACAAGACUGGAAUGUUUGUGCUGUCAGGGGCAAGUGGUAAUCAUAAAACAACAGAAUAGAGCUAUCUCUUUUAGAGCACCUAUAUCUGCAACCUGUAAAUGGUAAAAUGUCUGUGUAUUUUUUUAAAUGUACCUUU